AUGAUCCUCGACCCUCCCCUCCCCGAGGGCUUCUCGAGCUUAACGGAGUACGUCAACUCGUUCCUCCCCGCGCAGAUCCGGAUGUGGGGUUUCGUGCGUGCCAUGAAGUCGUUCCAGGCGCGUACCGCGUGCGACUCGCGCGUGUACGAGUACCUUCUCCCUUCCUACUGUCUCCUCCCGCCGGCAAAGACGGACCCGCUCGCCGAGCAGCUCGACAAGGUCUCGCCCGGAUGGCGCGAGGUCGUAAAGGUGCCUGCCGAGUUUGUCGAUGCCGCCCCCGCCAUCCCCGAGCCGAAGGAAGGCGACCCGGCCGACCCCAAAUCGCGCGGCGAGUUUGAGCGCCGCCGCGGAUGGCGUAUCGACCCCGACACCCUGCAGCGCUUCCGCAACAUGAUCGCCGAAUACCAGGGCACGCACAACUUCCACAACUACACCGUCGGCAAGCCCUUCAAGGAUGCCACUGUCAAGCGCUACAUGAAGACGCUCGACGUCCGCGACCCCGCCGUCUACGGCGACAUUGAGUGGAUCUCGGUCCGCAUCCACGGCCAGAGCUUCAUGCUUCACCAGAUCCGCAAGAUGAUGUCCCUCGCCAUCCUUGCUACCCGCACCGGCACGCCGCCCAAGAUCAUCCCGGCCACGUUUGAGAACAAGCGUGUCCACAUCCCCAAGGCCCCGCCUCUUGGUCUUCUGCUCGAGCAGCCGCAGUUCAAGACGUACAACGACAAGGCGCAGAAGCUCCCGAACCACGGCGCCGAGCCGCGCGAGCUCGUCGACUUCUCCAAGUACGAGGACGUCAUGCACAAGUUCAAGGUCGAGUGGAUCUACGAGCGUCUCCGCGAGCUCGAGCUGGAGCAGAACACCGGCAGCAAGGACUUUACGUACCUGAAUACCGAAGGUGUCAUUCCUGAGACGGCUCUUCAGACUCUGACGAGCAAGAAGUACAUUCUGCCGGGUGACAAGCCCGCGCCCGCCGACGGCGACGUCGACGCCGACAUGGAGGCGGCCGAGAAGGCCCUUGACAGCGACGACGAGGACGCCGCCCUCGAGGGUCUCUCCAAGGAGGAGCUCGAGGGAUAA